GUGAUCGAGAGAGGAGGCGGAUCCCUUUAAAAUGGCAAGCAGCUAUGAUCAGGCUGCCUGCGUUCUCUGUCAGCGGGUGGUAUAGCCUCCAGACUGUGUGGGCGCAGUUGAAAAGUUUCUUAUAAAAGCGAUGAUUCCAGAGUCUCGUAUUACGCGCGUCCCCCCCCUCUGUAACAAUUGUUUCUUACUACGAUUCCUUCCACCUACUCCGUUUCUCCUUCGUAGUAUUUCUUCGAAAAGCUCCCGUCACUAAAGAUAAUCUGGUCUAUGGUUUUGGCUGAAGAAGGUUCCACGAUGUCUCGGACUGACGAAGUACACCGUAUAACGGAGAAUGUCUAUAAGUCCAUUAUGGAGCAAUUCAACCCAUGCUUGCGGAACUUCGUGGCCAUGGGGAAGAGUUACGAGAAGGCCCUAUCCAGUGUCACAUUUGCUGCAAAGGGCUACUUCGAGGCACUGGUGAGGAUGGGAGAGAUGGCCAGCGAAAGUCAAGGCUCUAAGGAUCUUGAAGAGGCAGCAUGGGAUGUACUGUUUCAGAUGGCUGAGGUCCACAGGCAGAUCCAGAUGCAGCUUGAAGAUAUGCUGAAGUCGUUCCACAAUGAGCUUCUAACCGAGCUGGAGAAGAAGGUGGAGCUGGAUGCACGCUACCUGAAUGCGGCUCUGAAGAAGUACCAGAUGGAGCACAAGAGUAAAGGAGAGAGUCUGGAGAAGUGUCAGGCAGAACUGAAGAAGCUCCGCAGGAAGAGCCAGGGCAGCAAGAACCCUUCCAAGUACGGAGACAAGGAGAUGCAGUAUGUUGAGACCAUUGGCAGCAAGCAGAGUGACCUGGACCAGUACACAGCAGAGGGCUACAAGAGUGCGCUGUCAGAGGAGAGGAGGAGGUACUGUUUCCUGGUGGACAGACAAUGUGCCGUGGCCAAGAACAGCAGCUCCUUCCAUAGCAUGGGUAAGGACCUGCUAGCCCAGAAGAUCCCAGCAUGGCAGCAGGCGUGUGCUGACCCUACCAAGCUGCCUGACCGUGCCAUGCUCCUGGCUCAGCAGAUGACCUCUACAGGGGGUUCCCUGGGGUCCGUCUCCCACACCCACCAUGGUUCAAAGGGCAACCUGCUCAUCUCUGACCCCAUUCCCGGGGCCAAACCCUUGCCUGUACCCCCCGAGCUGGCUGCCCUCAUGGGCCAACAGCGUAUAAUGGGACCAGGAGGAGUAGAUGGAGGGAUGCCCAUGAUGAAUGGAACGACAGGGGCCCACGGAGGAGCAGGAGGGGGAGGAGGGGAGGACUACCAACACUGGAUGGAAGGGAAGAUGGCUCAGGCUCAGGCCCAGGCUCAGGCCCAGGCUCAGGCCCAAGCUCAGGCCCAGCAGGCUCAGGCCUCCUCCCAGGCCCAGCACCUUUCCCAGCCCCACAGACAGGGCAGUGAGGUCUACUCCAACACCCUGCCUGUCCGUAAGAACGCCCCAGCCAAGAGCAACACCACCAUGGUUCCAGAGACCCGGACCCUGCCCCGGUCCAGCUCCAUGGCUGUAGGGCUGGAGAAGAACGGACGUACCCGUGUCCAGGCCGUUUUCUCCCAUGCAGCGGGGGACAACAGCACCUUGCUCAGCUUCUCUGAAGGAGAUGUCAUCACCCUGUUGGUCCCGGAGGCCCGCGACGGAUGGCACUAUGGAGAGAACGAAAAGAACAACAUGCGUGGCUGGUUCCCUUUCUCCUACACACGUGUCAUCCCCGAGACUGACAGCAACAAACUACGAGUCAACAAUCUCCACCAUGGUAAGAGCAGCAGCACGGGGAACCUGUUGGAGAGAGAGGACAUGGCAGGUGUCCCUCCUCCAGACUACGGCAUGUCAUCUCGCCUGCUGGCACAGAGCAUGCAGAGCGCAGCCAUGGCACACAGCAGCAGACGGCAACAACGGCCAUAUAGCGUGGCAGGGCCGGGCUUCUCACAGGUCAACAACAACUACUAAACACACGUAGAUACCAGGAUUGUGCUCAACUCAGAAUUGUAGAAUUGACUCCCAUUCAACUCAUGAAUUGAAAUUCAAAUUGAAUAGGUCACACUCCACAGGAUGUAGAAUUUGAAUUAGAGUUUGAGUGACAGGAAGUAGAACCUAAUUAAGUGGAAUUCAAGUAAAUUCCACUCAGUCAAAGAACAUGAGAGUUUCAUUGAAUCUGACAGGUCACCCUUCCAGAUACCAAAGAAUAUAUCACUUUUCUCUGGAAACAUUGUUCAUAUAGUUACUCGUUUAACCUUAGUGCUUAGAAUAGCUAAUUAUAUUUCCACCAAUCAUUUCAUUUCUAUGGUUUCUUUUUAAAGGUCUCAGGGUCAACUUGAAGGAUAAACUAAUGCAUUCUGGGAAAUGUAGCAUUUUCUCCAUAUUGAA